UAUCACAUAUGGAUUUUCUUUAUUUACCAUGUUUUGGUUUCAACCCGUCCAGUCGGUGGCGGCAAAACACCUUUGGGGUUGUAGUCCGCCAUAAAACCCACAGAAGACGAAGAAGAAGAAAAUGGCGCUGCCAUGCUAAAACGGCCUUUUGGCCACUAGAGGCCUCUAUCAUUCUCUAUGGUCCAUACGUAUAUCCAGUCAUUGGCCUGACCACAGUCUCCGCUACUGGUUCCCAUAGAAACCGUGCGAAAGCGAGGCGGCUGCUGUGGAGCUCGUUACAGUGUUUCCGCUUACCUCGCACUGAGAAGAACGAAACGGGCUAGCUUUUGGGACAAUACCAUACGAAAGAAGCCAAUUCGCACUUAACAAUUGGAGGAUAGUCUGUCUAUUUGAAUUAUUUGUGUCCAUGUCCCGACAGUAAAAACGAAGAGGAGGGCUUGAAGGUAGUGAGCCUUUUCGUUGGUUAAGCCUUAGCGGACUGUAGAGCUGGUAUCUGGGGGAAAGAUGAGCGAUGAAAUGGUAUUGUGUGUGACAAGAGCCCUGGCCCCCUCCUCCUCCUCUUCCUCACCAGUCAACAGGCUGGCUACGUCUGCAUUCUUCUUCCUCCUCCUUACCCUGCUCCCCCACGGAAACGCAUCAGGAUGUCCGCGGCCGGUGGGUGUGCAGCAUGGGGAGAUGGUGAACCAGACUGAGGCUAACCGAGGCUCCUCCCCCCCUGGUACCCUGCUGUCCUAUAGCUGUGAGCCAGGCUACGCCCCCGAUGGACCCACCACCAUCACCUGUACCACCGCUGGAACAUGGUCCCACCAGCCUCCACACUGCAUAAGCACUGAUGUGUGUCCCCCCCCCACGGAGCCAGAGAACGGAGGGUACAGGUGCCACCCGUCCCCCUGCCACCGCCUCACCCAGAAGACCGUGAUAGAGUACUUCUGUGACGAGGGCUACGCUCUGAAGGGGGACUACAAAUUCCUCACCUGUGAGAACGGGGAGUGGGACGCUCCCAUGCAGAUCACCUGCCGCCUCAGCCAAGAUAAGGAGCCGCGGUCUCCGUUGACGAUGCCAGCUCUGUCCAUCGUAGCGUCCACAGCCUCCUCUGUAGCUCUCCUCCUGCUGUUGGUGGUGCUGUUCGUUCUCCUGCAGCCCAAACUCAAGUCCUUCCACCACAGCAGGCGUGAGCAGGGUGUCUCAGGCCAGCCAGCCUCCAUCGUGGUGGAGGGGGUCCAGGUGGCCCUCCCCUCCUAUGAGGAGGCCGUGUACGGCAGCGGCGGUGCCUCUCUCCCCCCUCCUCCAGAGUCCCGGGUCCAGAUCGUCCUGUCGGAGGGGCCCCAGGGGGCCGAGGGCGGUGCAGAGAUGCUGGGGCCCAGCAGUAGAUCCCAGUCCCACCAUCACAGAGACGGAGAGAGAGACAGUGAUACAGAGCUGUGCCUCCCUUCCACCUCCUCCUUCCCUUCAUCCUGCCGUCACUCAGAGACGGUACUAGUCCACCAGGCCCCCUCCUGCUCCUCCUCUUCGUCGUCGUGGGUUACGGCGCAUGGAGGGGGUGCCCUUGCCAGACGUAGGAACUCAGAGAGCAGCGACCAGCACAGCCUUCUUUCUAUCACCUCCGUAGACGACUUCUCUGACGAUAUCCCCCUGUUAAAGGAAGCCUGAAGCCCCCUGCAGCAGCACCACUCCCCCCUACAGCUGACCAGGAAACACUGAGGCUUCUGCUGGGGCCUACUGGGGCUUUCUACCUGAACUAUACCACCCUACCCUAUAUCUCUGAACCACAGAACUACAGAAUUACCCAGCGCAGCAAAGACAGGAAUCAUGUCAAAGAAACUCAACCUCCCUCCACAUCUGCAACUUCUCACACGGUGCAAAGACGAGUAGAGUCCACUUCACCCCCAACUAUUACCACUCAUGCACAGAAAUGAGACAAACCAUGUCCGCCCCCAGUAUCCUCUCCCCGUGUCCUGGCUACCCCUUCUGCAAUGAUCUCUAAACUUCUAGCCGUGUGGAGAAAAGACAUGACUACUCCCUCCCUCUCUCUCUCAUACUGGGAACUGAUGAACCUGUAAUAACUACUGACCCCCUCAGCUUCAGAAUGGAUCUCAACACAGACAGACAGGCAAGCAGACAGGCAUCAAGUGGUUCCAGCUAAAUAUAGAUGCAUACUGUAUGUAUAAGAGCACACAUAGUCACUGACCAAAGGUUUGGUACUGUGUAUGUGUCACUAUGUACACAGCAGAGCCAUUUAUAUAUACAGGGUUCUCCCCAAAUAUUGGAAGAGAGGCGCUGCGCCACCUUGUGGACUGGCUGCGCCACCAUGUUAAAAAAACAAUUUAUCAUUUAAGGCAAUUUUUUUGCUCUAGAUUGCAGGAAAUGACCCUGCCGUACUCAGCAGCACCACCUUGUUAAAAUAAAUCCUGGGGAGAACCCUGAAAUAGCUCUGGUACACAGAACACACUUCCCUCUAGGCCUAGGUGCCGUCACCCAAUCAGACACACUUCCCUCUAGGCCUAGGCGCCGUCACCCAAUCAGACACACUUCCCUCUAGGCCUAGGUGCCGUCACCCAAUCAGACACACUUCCCUCUAGGCCUAGGUGCCGUCACCCAAUCAGACACACUUCCCUCUAGGCCUAGGCGCCGUCACCCAAUCAGACACACUUCCAUCUAGGCCUAGGCGCCGUCACCCAAUCAGCUACACUUCCCUCUAGGCCUAGGUGCCGUCACCCAAUCAGACACACUUCCCUCUAGGCCUAGGUGCCGUCACCCAAUCAGACACACUUCCAUCUAGGCCUAGGUGCCGUCACCCAAUCAGCUACACUUCCCUCUAGGCCUAGGUGCCGUCACCCAAUCAGACACACUUCCCUCUAGGCCUAGGUGCCGUCACCCAAUCAGACACACUUCCCUCUAGGCCUAGGCGCCGUCACCCAAUCAGCUACACUUCCCUCUAGGCCUAGGUGCCGUCACCCAAUCAGACACACUUCCCUCUAGGCCUAGGUGCCGUCACCCAAUCAGACACACUUCCAAAGGCUUUAUCUCAAACCGCAAGGCUAGUAGCUAACAUAAUUAUGCUUUUAUCGCUGCUGCUGAUGAUAAUGAUUACUGUGGAUACAGACUUGUACUUGUGCAUCUCCCUACUCUAAUGCGGAUAAGGAGUAUCUCUCUUCAAUGAGGACUAUCUUGGUUUGGGCCUUGGCCUGGUUUCGCUGGCUUAUGCUGCAUGUUCUCUGUAUUGAUCAAUGGAUGACGUCCUGCGGCCCCACACGGUGGCCCUGUCUGUCCACUCUGAAUGAAGCUAAUAAUUAAAGCCCCUCUCCAACUCUGCUGCCACUCUCUGGCAUCUCCUUGGGUCAGACAGCGCCACUUUCGUCUGAGGGACCAGUGUCACAUAGGAGUGACGUCACCUGUCAGAAGACAAUACACGUAGGAUGGAUGGAUGGAAGGAGCGCGUCACCAAAGCAAGCAGAUAGCAUGGCUAUAGACAGACUGUAUCAUGUUAAAAGAAGAUCAAUGCCUUUUUCUGUUUGUCACAACCACCGAUAUCUGUGUUGUUUUGGGCUCCCCUUUUGAUGUGACUAUCUGGGGGGAGGUUUUGUUUGGGAGGCGUCAGUAUAUUUUUGCCGCCUGGCUGUGUGUAUGUGUGUGUAUCUGGCUGUGGAACUGAACAACAUAUGACUGUUUCAUGAAUGAAGAGGGCUGCACUAUAAUGUCAAAUUAACCAAGGCCUUGUUGUUGUUUUUUUUUACAUGAUGAAAACAUGUUUAUUUGGUGUUUGGUGACUGGACAUUAGAUAAUAUAUUUCUUUUUUUCAAUCUAUUUAUUGCGUGUGGGGCAAGGUUGGGUCCACUUGAGGUGUUUGUCACUUGGUUCGGAUGCGCUAAAAAUGUGUUUGUGUGUGUGUGUGUGUGUGUGUGUGUGUGUGUGUGUGUGGGUGUGUGUGUGGGUGUGUGCGUCCUUGCCUCUGUGUACGUUAGGCGAGAGAGAACGGACAUGCCCAUAGAAUGGGUACACAGGAAAUGGUACCCAGGAUCCCUGCCCUUAGUAGAGAUGGCUUCACACAGCUACCCCAGUUCAAAAUGGCUGCCCUCUUUUUUUCCUGCUUUUUACAAUGGUCAUAAGAACAAACAGUCCUUACUGUAAGAAUACAGUACAUGAUGUAUAUUUUAAAUGUUCAAGGAUUAAAAUGUCCUCCAUUUUCUGCAGAGUUGCUUCAGAGUAACCUCGUGGAUCUGCGACUUAAACUGAAAAACCUUGCUUCAAAACCGGAGCAUUGACACAACUGCAACUGGUUGCAGGAAACAACAACAGUAAUCUUUACGUUGUAAAUGUUCAGUUCAAAUUUUAAGUGAGCACAGUUUUUUAAUUUACCUCUGUUGAUGAAACCACUCCUAUACAUUUGGGGUUGAGGUCAUCACCCUAGCCCAUUUAGGAUGAGGAGACAGGGUCUGGGUCUAGUCUGGCUUUUUGAAACUCUUUUUUUCACAUUUUAUUUUUGGGUUUUUUGUUUAUUUGUGUCGGUCUGUCCACCUGUGAUUGUCAAUGGCUUCAUAAACGCAAACAGAGAACGUUGCCUUAGACCUUGUACAUUGUAUUACUUUCUUUUUGUUUCUAAUUGUACCGGAAGUUUCCUCCAUCUUUACCUGCUAGAUAUUGAAGCGUCUUCAAUGUUUCCCAAUGGCCUUACUUUUGUAUUUUCUAGUCAUACAACUGUCUUGUGUAUUUUUCAAUGCGUUUUAUUUUUGUUUUUGGACGCGACUAAAGAAAGUCCAUCCUUCUCUCUGUCCUCCCCAAGGCUUCUUCAGCAACUGAUAUUCAAAAGCCUAAGCACCUGAAACAAAUCACUUUCUUUUCUGUCUAUUAGACAUUUUUAAAUGUUGCGUGUUAAGGGAUUUAAAAAGCUUGUAACUAUUUUUUUCCAUCCAGACCACCGUUGUUUCCUAAAUGACAAUGAAAACAAAGUCCAUCUCUUGAUUCUGCAUUUCAAUGCGUUCAUGUUUUGUUUUUUUCCUCUGUACGUUGCAGUGGGGUGUGAAGAUCGUAUUUUUAAUAUUUGUAUAAAGUUUAAUUUAAUUAUACCGUGUGUAUAUAACUAUUUCUAAUUAAAGCUUUUUUGAAAGUG